AUGGCACUUGUCGAUGAAGUUUGCACAGCGGAUGUGCUCAUCGUCGGCGGCAAUGUGAUAACUGAGCCUCCCGUGGUAGAGAGAAUGCCGCAACCGGAUUCGCCAGGAAAUGACGCGCUGGCACAAUUAAAAGGUGUUGAAGUUGACGCGGGUGAUGAUGAUGAUGUUGUAGUAACUGUUAGGACACCACAUCCAGACUCGCCAGGAAACGAUGCGGUUGCGCAAUCGAAUGGUGUUGAGGUCGCGGUAAGGACCCCACAGCCGGAUUCACCGGGAAAUGAGGCACUGGCGCAGUCAAACGUUGAGCUCGCGGUGAGCACACCACAGCCGGACUCGCCAGGAAACGAUGCGCUAGCGCAGUUGAAUGGUGUUGAUGUCGCGGUGAGCACACCACAGCCAGACUCUCCAGGGAACGAUGCACUGGCGCAGUCAAAGGUGGAGGUCGCCGUGAGCACUCCACAGCCAGACUCGCCAGGAAAUGAGGCACUGGCACAGUCAAAAGUUGAGGUUGCGAAUGAUCCUUUCUCACACGAAGUAAGGGGGGAUUUGAACGAACUUCACACACAACUCGAAAUCCUGAAAGAGCAAGUCCGUGAACUACAGUCUCGAGAUGGCGUGUCUGAGCCAACAUCCCAAUACCAGUCCGAUGCAGUAAAUGCUGUACCACAUGAGCAUCCGCCAAAUCAGCAAACAGAUGUAGUGACUUCAAACCUUUCCGGCGUUACCACUCUCACCGACAGCUCGCCUGUUACCCCUGUGGAGGACCUACAUAAUGGUCACAGUGCGUCUGGUCUUCUACGGGCUACCUCUAGUCGAUAUUCUCCCGCGUCGAGAUCGGAGGAAACAACAGCCCUGAGAAAUUCAGUAGCGUCAGUUGGGCAGAAAGGAUCAUCCCGGCAAGAACUGGCCAUUGCCUGUCACCCCCUUCUCUUCUUCUCUCUGGCCGAAGCACUUCGUCUCAUUGACCUCUAUCAGGAUGAAUGUGGAUUGGUCUAUCCAUUGAUCGCCAUUGAUCAAGUCCGCACUUUCGCGACCCAUUUUUAUGAAUAUGCUGCUAUUCAAAGACAGCCUACAACCUGGCGCACUUUCAAUCUCGAACCAUGUUUAAAAAGGCCAUUUCACGUCUUAGAGAUAAUUCUGGCCAUUGCCCUUGUCAUUGAAGGCCGCGGCUCAACGCAUCUCAGUUCUGCCUUGGUGGAUGAACUUGAAUCCGAAAUUGAUCACCGGCCAUCUGGAGUCUCUGCAGAUCUCACCUUCGCAGAAAUAUUGACUCUCAUGAGCCUCUACCAGUUCUAUCGUGAUGAGGAAGUCCUUGCAUGGCGAACCAUUGGCUUAGCUGCAAGAAUCGCCCUAGAAAUAGGACUACACCUUCGUGAUCCCCCAUUUACCACAUUUCAAAGUGCACAGGAACGAGAUCGAGCGAACAAGCUCUUUUGGUGUAUAUAUUGUCUCGAUAGACGCUGGAGCUUUGGGACAGGCCUUCCCUUUGGCAUCCAAGAGGAUGAUAUUGACCCUAGCCUGCCAGAACCGGAUGACACACCCCCUUAUCUCUUCUCGAGCAUGAUAGCCCAUUCCAGGCUAGGGUUUAAGAUAUUAAGAUCUUUGCCUGGAACGGAGCAUCCACAUCAUGCCACAACACGGGAAGAGACUGCUUAUCUCACUUAUCAAGUACAACAGUGGUACAGAUCGCUCAUUCCGGAGCUUCAAAUUGAUGAUGGCCAGGAUCUGGUUCUCAAAGGUCUUUCAGCUGCCCGCAAUAGGCUCCGGGUCGUGAAUCGCCUCCGUAAGAAUCAACUGCUCAUGCUGAUUCACAGGAGAACCUUGUUCAUGUCAAGCUCCAUUGCAGCAGAUCCUCGCGGAGCCAAGACUGCUGUUGACCUAGCCAAAAAGACUGUGACAAUGCUUGAUAGACUGCGAAAUACUUCAGAGAUCUAUGAGUCUCAUGCAGUCUGCUUCAACUACUUCUUGUACUCGGCGUUGACGGUAAUACUCCUUGCGGCUUAUCACGCCAAGUCAGAGUUCCACGAGUACUGUCGACCCGAGUUUCAUAUGGCUCUUGAGCUAAUUGGUGGUUCCAAGGCCAAAUCAGUCGUCGCUAGGAAACUAUUGAAAAUGAUCAAGCAUCUCAAAGUGAUGGGUCCUGACUUCGGGGUUCUCCCGUAUAUGGAAGCACAACUGGAUCAUCCAAGACAAGAACCGAACUCGUCUCUCCACAGGUCAGACGAUACUUCAUCCACUCCACAAAGCUCAUGCCCUGAGCAGUCCGAUGCACAAGCCCUUCAAGCACAACCGCAACUUGAUAUGCAUACUUUUGGAGGCAUCCUGCCUUCUACAACGCCAAAUUACUUUGCAGGCGAUUAUGCAGUGGAUGGUAAUUUGUUAAGCUCGGAGCUGUCAGACCUCUUCCAAGCCAUCGACCCUACGCGAUUCAGCCAGAUGACCUCAGCAUCGCUGGAGCAGCAAAACUUGCAACCGGAUAAUUUCCAUCUACCUUCAAGCCAUCUUCCGAAUAUUCAUACCUUAUUCUAG